AUGACAACCGUCUCCCCACCCGCCGGCUGCGCCUCGCCCACGCCCGCAACGGCGGAGGCUUCCUCCUCCUCUUCCGCCGCUGCCGCUGCCGCCACCCCACCCGUCUACACAUACCACUGCAUCUGCACCCAGCUCAUCCUCGCAUCCACAACACCGCUCCCCUCCCUGCCUCGCCGCGGCAACGACGACGACUCGGCCCUCCUCGACCGCGCCUACAUCCUCCCGCUCCCCGCACGACCGCCGACCGCCAACGCCGACGACGAAGACUCCACAGGGAAGCAGGCGGCGGCGGCGGCGGGAGGCGAGGGUGGUGGUGCAGGAGGAGGAGGACACUACGCGAUCCUGCUGAGCGUCCAGCUCGACCGCCGGCCGCGCAUCGUGCGGCGCGAGGACGGGCUCGAGAAGCGGUGGGUGCAGCGCUGCGCGCGGUGCGCGUGCGUCGUCGGGUACCACCUGGACUGGGCGCAUUUCGCGGGCGGCGCCGGUGAGAAGGAGGGCGAGGACGAAGGCGAGGGGAACAGCGGGCAGGCGGGGAGGACUGGGUGGAGGAGGGAUGUGGUGUAUUUGUUACCCGGAGCGUUGGUCGGGACGGAUGAGAUGGCGAAGGAGGAGGGGCCGCAGGGUGGCGGUGGUGCGGAGAAGGGUGUGGGUACGAAGUAA